AUGUCGGGGCUUAAGCGAAAGAGGGAUCGCAAGGCGCCCUACGACCGACAGCGGGAGGCCAUCGUCCAGGUAUUUGGGGCAAAGCAGUGUCUGGGUGAAGCGGACGAGGAGCACGAGAGCGCCGGCGACACCAUCCUAACCAAUGGUGACGGUGCGCAUACAUUGGCAGACAUAUCAGCCAAUUUUGCUGCCAAGGUCGACAAGCUCUUGCAGGUCAACAUACGGCGCGUUCGGCGUCGACGACUGCGUUCGCCUUCGCCUGUGCCAGACACAAGAGCUGUAGAUGAGAUCGCACAGUCAUUCCGCGCACACGCCACUCGCAUCGCCCUAGCAGGAGGCAGGCCCAAUCUCACCGCCUAUCUCGGAGGCGAUGAUUCUGCGGUUUCGGACACGGCCGAGGAUGCAGGAUAUCCCGAUCAUCGCGUUACGCCCCGCAAACCGCAAUUCGGAGACGAACAAGCAACAGACGACAUCUGGGAGGCGUACCUUCGAGCCUUGACCAGCCUUGCAAAUGUCUUUCCCCACCUUAGCAUGGCUAUCCCAGCUGCGCCGGGGUCCGAGACAGAGAAGCUGCUCUUGGAAGCGAUGAAAGACGGUGUCAUCUCCUUUCCCGAAUUCCUGAUCGCAACCAGCGGGCCGCGGCUGGGCGAAGGCGUCGCGGGUGGCAGCAACAAUAUGCGGCUCCGUGCCUUCCCCUCUCUGCCUAGUUGGGCUCACCCAGUAGGAGCAGGCAUGGUAUUUCCUGGAGGCUUUCUCCCUUCCUCGCGCGUCUACCUUUCCAACGUUGCCAAGCGUGCAGCCGAGUCGCUCCGCCAACAUCAGUCCGCCAACGCGCACCCAGCCCACCUAGAGGCACCCAUGCGACGCGAAGUGCUACCCGGCCGUAUUCGUCGGCUACCCGUUACGAGCGUCAGCCUCGAGAGCAUUAUGAAGGGUCAUGACAACUCGAUAUAUGCACAUCGACCCGUGCCGUUUGCACCCAUGUUCGUUGGGGGUGCGUGGACCCUGUUCAGCACUGUCGAAGACCAGCUGGCUUUCUUGCAAGACAAGCCGGAACUUUUCGAGCUGAUGGACAGCAUCGAUUGGGAGUCGGAAGAUGAGUGCGAGGCUGGAAACGCUGCUCGUGGCCUACCGCCAUUUAUACCAAGAAACGAAGAAGAGCUCUACUCGUGGGUUCAACUUCAGCGCAAAAGCAACGAAGCGAUCGAUGGCAGCACUCGGUCUUCCGGCAAGGGCGACUACAAUGGCACAGGAAACACCGACGACGGCAGCAAAGGCGAAUGCACUCCGGUAUCGAACAUUUGUCCGGUGGGAACGACUUUUCAACCCAUGGGAUCUGCUGUAGAAGAAAAGGACAGCCCACUGAAGUCAGAAGGUUCCCUGUGCGGCCUUCCGCAAAUCGAAGACGAUCUCCCGCUACACAUUGAAUUCAAUGCAGCAACCGAUGAUGCAUCGAUCGAGCCUGUAAGAGAAGACAGCAAGGACGGGGAGGACGAGGCGACGCAGGAAUCGGAAGGCUUCAGCCCAGCAUCCAUCAUUAUCACUUCUUUGAAAGCAGACAAGCCCAAACACGAAGAGGCCAUGCCGGUGCUCUCUGGCAGCCCUUCGCAGCAGCAGCCCAUCAUGGAUCGCGUCUGGAGGGGCCAGACUGCGCGGUUCGCCUUCAGCACGGGCGAAGGGAUGGACAUAAAUCUGCCUAAUGAUGGUGAUGGUGACGUCGAUGCCCGUGCAAAGAGUGCAUGCGACGGAGCAGGACUAAAAGGCAUACCAGCAGUGUUGAAGCAAGGUAACGAGAACGACGUCGAGGAUACCAGCGCGAUUGGCAUGGCGGAGCAAUUCCUUGCCUUGGAGCCGGAUAGCAGCAGGAGCAAGGCUGGAUCCGUAGCGCUGGAGGAGCGGCGCACAAGAGCUCAUGGGUCGUCCGCUUCGAUAGUCAUUUAG